UUUCUUCUUUUCACACACAAGUCCACUAAUAAGAGUGCUCGUCCCUUAGCUUUCUUUCCGCCCUUUAAAACCCAAUCAUCCUCUCGCUCAUACUCCAUACUUUCACAGAGAGGGAGAGAGAGAGAGAGAGAGUACUACUAGUGCCUCAAAUGGAGUAUAUGGCUCAAAACAUGACCGCUUUCUUUUUCCUCUCUCUCAUCGUCGUAGUCGUGUGCUUCUUGGGUUUGUCUGAAGCCCAGAAGCAGGUUCCGGCCAUGUACGUGUUUGGUGACUCCUUAGUGGAUGUGGGCAACAACAAUCACCUGAAAAUCUCCAUUGCUAAAGCAAAUUUUCCCCACAACGGCGUCGAUUAUGCCGGCGACAAACCGACCGGGAGGUUCAGCAAUGGCAAAAAUUUUGCAGAUUUCAUCGCUGAGAAAGCAGGUUUAGUUGCAUCGCCACCACCGUAUCUCUCCGUUGUAUCUAACAAAAGCAAUGAGGCAUUUCCAAUCACUGGUGUUAGCUUUGCCUCUGGAGGUGCUGGCAUCUUCAAUGGCACAGAUGAACGCUAUAGACAAUCACUUCCUUUACCCAAACAAGUAAACUACUACUCGACUGUGUACGAAGACCUGGUGCAACAACUAGGAUCAGCUGAUGCCCAGAACCACCUCUCCAAAUCUCUCUUUGUAGUAGUAGUUGGAAGCAACGACCUGUUUGACUACUUCAAAUCCGGGUCCGACGUCUCCAAGAAAAGCACGCCGCAGCAGUACGUUGAUUCGAUGCUUACUGCCCUCAAACAAGAGCUCAAGAGGUUGCACGAUUUUGGUGGACGCAAAUAUGUGAUAGCUGGGAUAGGAGCAGUGGGGUGCUGCCCAUCACAGAGGAAUCAGAACAAGAAUGAGGAUUGCUAUGAGGAAGAAAACCAGAUGGCACUCAAGUACAAUGAAGGCCUCAAGUCAAUGUUGGAGGGACUCAAAUCAGAGCUCAAGGGGAAUAUGGACUACUCCUAUGUCGAUGUCUACGGCAUCUUUGAUAACUUCAUUCGGACCCCCUCCAUUUUUGGAUUUACUGAAGUUAAAGCUGCAUGCUGUGGGCUAGGGAACCUAAAGGCCGAAGUUCCUUGCGUCCCCGUUGCCACCUACUGCUCCAACAGAAGCGAUCAUAUCUUCUGGGAUCUGUAUCAUCCCACGGAGGCAACCGCUCGCAUUCUUGUCGAUAUUGCUUUUGGUGAUUCGCAACAGUUUGACGUCCCCAUGAAUAUUGAGCAGCUAAUUGCUGCAUAAACCGAGUGAUGCACGUGUAUUGUUUUCGUGUAAAUCAAAGAUUAUAUAUAGAAGAUAGCAAAGAUGGUGUUAUUGAGCAGUUAAUAAAUAGAUCAAUGAUUCGUGCGACGAAA